AUGUCCACCCGCGUUCAGAAAGGCGGGACUGUCUUCAAACCAGUGGCGAAGGGACGACCGCGCGCCCCGACAGACAAUGCUCGACGGACAUCGACGCAGACCCCUGCUCCGAAAGACACACCUUCUACCGCCUCUUCUUCUGCUCAACCAGUCGCUUCGUCUUCCACAAACGCUCAUGAACACGUCCAGGGACCAACUCAGAGCUCCUCUUCCGAACCAUCGAAUGCUCCCUACCCAACUCCUGUUCCAUCUCUCCCGCACGCCACAACUGCUCAAGUUUCGAUACCAAACCCUGCACCACAGCUUUUGGAACCACCAUCUUUACCUCCACAUGCCAUUCCUGUCUAUACGCCGGCGACACCCAUCAGUUCUGGCACGGUCAGAGCCACUCCUAUAACUAUCGGCAAGAGGCAACCGUCGAUGGGACCACCUCGAGUCACCCCUACAGCACCUCCAGCAUCACAUCCUGCCCAGAACGACCCAUUCCCAACUCCACCUUCGUCUCUACCGUCCAUUCAGGCUGGCCCCCCACCAAUACCGCCCCAGUCAGAGCCUGCGCAAACUCCUGUGGCUACGCCACUGCCCAUCCCGGAUCUCUCGAAUCCGAAUUUACAGUUCGAUACAUCCCCUUUACCACCGCUUCCUCAUCAAUCUGAACUGUCUCAUCCUCAUGAUCUUGGCGACAUACAAAGCUCAGAUGCUCAAAGGCUUCGUCUCAACUCCGACAGCGUCGUCAAACCUUCACGUCCGUCUCGACGAAAGGGAUCCACAACUGAGACAGCCGACAAUGGAGAAUCAUCAGAGAAAGGUUCCCGAAAGCGUACUCGCUCGAAGAAAGCCAUCGCUGCUGCAGAGACGGACGGUCAGGUCGAAGGACAGGUCGAAGGGACCCAGGAGAAACCCCGAAGAAAGAAGGUGAACGCCCGGAAGGCGAUUGAGGAAGGUGCUGAAGAGGAGCCUAGUCAACCGAAGAAGCGUAGGCGAAAGAGUGCAGCUCCGCGCGAGCGCAAAGAGUCGGCGCCUCCGUUUUCCGCUGACGCUGAGCCAGGAGAGGAUUUGGACCCCACGGUGAUCACUAUGGCGAACCUUUGCGACGAUACGGGGCAAGGUCGUGUAAGCAGCAAAGCUUCCCAUAUUUUCGACAAUCAUGCCGCUUGGAAACAAUCUAAUAAGGAGAGGCGGGCACGUAUGAGGGCCGUCACCGAGGCGAAGAAGUAUGGGAGGGACGAGGAGGAUAUCGACGACGGCAGACCAGCAGCCGCGUCUUCGUCUCAGCCUGCUACCAACGCUCCCAGUACAUCCAAGCAACCGACUCCCGAAAGCUCCCAACCUCCUGCUGAGAAUACCAUCGAGGGCGACGAGGGUGGCAAAGACGAUAGCGCGCAGUUUGAUUACUCGCAGUCCCUAGAUACCAGUCGCUUCACUGUGCAAGUUCGAAUAGGACCCAACGGCGAGACCAUCGUGGACGAAGAAUCCCUCUUUGUCGACAGGGCUGAGGAGAAUGAGACGGAGAACUACGUGCAUGUUGAGGAAUCCGAUGCUACUAAGUUCGUCAACUCUGCUUCAUAUGGGAAGAAAGCAGGAGGGUCUCGUUGGAGUGGGAUGGAGACGGAAUUGUUUUACGAGGCGCUUUCACAAUUCGGCGAGAAUUACGAACUGAUCUCGUACGUUAUGCCUGGCCGCGACCGGAAGGCUUGCAAGAACAAGUUCAAAGCCGAGGACAAGAAGAAUCCUGCUCGCAUCCAAUAUUGCCUUGACCAUCGUGUCCCAUAUGAUAUGCAAACUCUGUCUCGAAUGACAGGGAAGGACUUCUCGGGCCCGACGCCAGAAAUUCGCGCUCCUACUCGCCCGAACUUAUCCCAGCUUGAUGGACAAGAAGCUGACGGAUCAGGUCCUGCUGCAGGGACGUCUGGCGAUGGCGCUUCAACGCCUGCUAAGUCUUCAACACCUGGCCCAUCUCGACCGUCCUCCGGAAAAAAGUCGAAGAAGACGCAGAAUGACGGUGUGGAGGUCCUGGGGUCCAUCGACAAUGAUGAAUGGGAUGGCUAA